AGGGACAAAAAAAACACUCCUACAUCUUUGGGACUUGGGGAAAUUAGGUGGAAGUUUGUGUUGGUGUGUGUGGGGCAGCGCGGUGUUGGAGGCUGAGUGCCGGAAUGGCGGAGUGCAGGCGCAGCGCGGGGCUGUGAGAGGAUUGUGCUUUUCUCCGGGACUGAGACAAGCCGCUGCUGUUGGACCACAUUAGAGCACAGUCAUGCUGAGUUUCCUACGGCGGACUCUGGGUCGGCGCUCUGGCCGUAAGCAUGCUGAGAAAGCUCGGCUCCGGGAAGCCCAGCGUGCACAAACACACAUCCCCGCAGCCGGAGAUGCCACGUCCAUCAUCACUUGCCGAGUGUCGCUGCUGGAUGGCACGGACGUCAGUGUCGACUUGCCGAAAAAAGCCAAAGGUGAGGAGCUGUUUGACCAGAUCAUGUAUCACCUGGAUAUCAUUGAGAAGGAUUACUUUGGUCUGCGCUUCAUGGACUCAGCACAAGUGCCGCACUGGCUGGAUGUGACCAAAAGCAUUAAAAAGCAAGUCAAAAUUGGUCCUCCGUAUUGUCUCCACAUGCGGGUUAAGUUUUAUUCCUCAGAGCCCAACAACCUACAUGAGGAGUUAACACGAUACCUGUUUGUGCUGCAGCUGAAGCAGGACGUCCUCAGUGGCAAGUUAGACUGUCCCUUCGAUACAGCGGUGGAGCUGGCAGCCUUCGCUCUGCAGGCUGAGCUGGGCGACUGCGACCCUGCAGAGCAUGGCCUUGACCUGGUGUCGGAGUUCCGCUUUGUGCCGGAGCAGACGGAAGAGAUGGAGGUGGCCAUCUACAAUGCCUGGAAAGAGUGCAGGGGCCAGAUGCCUGCACAGGCUGAGAUUAACUACCUGAACAAGGCCAAGUGGCUGGAGAUGUAUGGUGUUGACAUGCAUAUGGUUAAGGCCAGAGAUGGAAAUGAGUACAGUUUGGGACUGACCCCCACUGGAGUGCUCGUGUUUGAGGGCGAAACCAAGAUUGGCUUGUUCUUUUGGCCCAAGAUCACACGGUUAGACUUCAAAAAGAAUAAGCUGACCCUGGUGGUGGUGGAGGACGACGAACAGGGCAAAGAGCAAGAGCACACGUUUGUAUUUCGCAUGGACCAUCCCAAGGCCUGCAAGCACUUAUGGAAGUGUGCAGUGGAGCAUCAUGCUUUCUUCAGGCUGCGUGGCCCCGUCCAGAAGGGAUCCUCCCGCUCAGCCUUCAUCCGCAUGGGCUCCCGUUUCAGAUACAGUGGAAAGACAGAAUACCAAACCACGAAGGCUAACAAAGCUCGGCGGUCGGCUACUUUUGAGAGACGGCCCAGCCGCCGCUACUCCAGAAGAACUAUGCAGAACAGAGGUCCCGUUGUUCCCAAAUCCCCAGAGAACCAGAAUAAUGGAGUGAGUCCCAGUCAAGAGACAAAGUAUGUCCAGUCUCAGCCUGCAUGGCCCGGAGCGUCCCCGGUCUCUGGCCAGCCCUUGGUGCAGGGUCCAUUGACCAUUGAAGCUCUCCCUAGGAGUCCUGGCAGCAGCCAAUCAGGGAAGAGGAGCAUGCCUGACGUGGGAGACCUGCUGGAGACCUGCGUGGACGACCUCAUCCGGACACCUGUUCCCAUGGCGACGGCAGGCUCGUCUGAAGAGGCGGGGCCUAGUGCGGCUCUCUCCACCCCCAGCACAGUCACUGAGAACCUGUCUCUCACUGACGUUGCAGCUCGACUGAAGCAGCUGGAGAUCGAGAGCACACCGACCUCUGCUCCUGCUCGCUCUAACGUCAAUGUCAACAUGAACAACCAGGAGGACGUGCUGAAGCUGACAGAGAAGAGUCUGAGCAGUGUGAGCAGCAGUCCUGUCCUGAGCCAGCUAAAGGCACCAGAUGAGCUCAAGAGCAACAUCCUCAAAGCCCAGGCAGAGGCAGUGCUCAGGGGCACAAGAGAGGAGAUUGGAGUCACAGGGGAAAAGAACUGUAACCUUCAGGAAGCAGUAGCCAGGCUGAAGGGUCGAGGUGGGCAGACGGGAAGCACUUCCUCUCUGACGAUGGGCAGCCGGGAGGCGCUGAUGCAGACAUGCUCCAGCAGCCUUGAAGUGAAAGCAGAUGAGUUCAUCUCCUCUUCGUCCAGCGUGCCAGCUGAACCAGUGAAUGAAGCCUCCUCAGCCAAGGACAAAGCAGAGGAGCGGGAGGCACAUACAGCCCCCCAGAUCGAUAACCUGAUAGACUUCACUGAUCCUACACCAGUACAGGUGCAGCCGCCCAAACCCAUCAUUACACCUCGAUGGAUCAUUCCAGCAGCUCCACAGACUGGCACCUUUACUAACGGCCUCCUAGAGCUUGACAAAGCAAAGAUGGCAGCACAGCAUAGCGAAGGGGGCGCUCCUGCCUCCCUCCCUCAUCUUUCUCACACUCACACUCACAAUGUGAUUGCCACCAGCAUUGUGGCUCACCAUCCGAGAAACAACCACAGACCCAGGGGCCUGCUGACCACUGAACUCUAGGAAACUCACGUCCAGCAGUAUCAACUACCUGAAAACUUUACCCUGUUUCCCCCCCCCACACACACACAUUCCAGCGUAACGCUGCUUGCAGGCAUUCCAGCACAGAGACUUUAAAGAGCAUACGUAGAAGAGUAGUCGUGGUGUCCGUUCUGCACUUCAAUUUUAUGAUGUAAUAAUAAAGAAGGAUGCAGGAGCUGAUGUUUGGAGGCCACAGCUAGUUUUCCACUAUUCUCAUCAGAAUGACUCAGAGGACUUGUGAACAGAGUUGUGGUGCUGCUCUGCCCUCUGCUGUUCUCACACAUCAUCCUGUUACAUCACUGUGAAAGAGCAACCAGCUGGACCACUACGGAUCCCCAACACUGGAACCUUUUAUUUAUAGAACUGACAUAGUCGUUUUUCCUUUUAUCUUUGGCUUCCUGUGAUAUGAAACAUUUAGUGUUCAGUAUUCAGUAUAAGUUUUUAAAUACUGUACUACAAACUGGAUUAUUAUUAUUAGUGGACAAUGUUAUGUAGCACUGAACGACAUGCAGUCUUUGAGUGAUUGACCCAAUUUUAUUAUUAUAAUUUUUUUUAAUCCACGCUAUCAGUGCUGUUUUUAUCUUUGUAGUUGCAUUAUGACCUGCCUUAUUUUAACAGUGUAUGGUACAGGUGUUAAAUUUAUAGUUUGCUACAGUAUAAAUCUAUAUUUUUCUUUUUUAAUCUUUGUCGUUUUAUGGAACCGCUUUUGACUACAAUAAUUCACUGGAUCUUUAGUAAUAGUUGUGCGUAAUGAUAAUCGUCAUUUAGUCACGACACUGUUUAUAGGGACUGUGAACAGUGAGACAGCGUUCAAGCAGAGCUGAACCCAUAUCUGAUGGUUAGAUUGCAGUGUGGAUCAGCUAGCUGAAUGCUGGCUAGUGUUUGAAAUAGCUAAAGAACAGAAACUGUUAUGCUGUAUUCGUUAUUGUCGCAUCCCGAGUGUCUCAUUCUCAUGUUGUCUGCUAGCUACCCGGGCACACCUUUGUGUCUGUACAUAGAACACUAGCUGAAAAAAAAAAAAAUUGAAAUGUCACUACAUGCUAAAGUUGUACUGAAAUUAUUUUUGACAUGAAUGCUCUAAGACUGCAUCAUUUGCAUUAAUGUUAAUUGUUUUCAUGUCCACCAGCUCAUCCGUGUGAUGAAUCAUCACAACUGCGGUCGUUUCUAUAGCAGGCUGGCUUUAAUUUAUUCCUCCUGUCUCUCUAUGCUGUAUGAGCACACUGUUUCAUGCUGUAGUUUCAUGCUGUAGAUAUAUUACUGACUUCUGUAGAGAUCACGGUACUGAUGUAUAUCAUGUAUUUACACUGAAGAACCUUAGAGCACCUUUUGUCAUUUUGUAUGAUUUAGCUUGUUCUCCAAGUAAAAAUGUAUUUUAACAGUA